CGGAGUUAGACUUGACACGGGCGUCUCAGACACAGGCUACUACUACUACUACUACUACUACAACUGGCUACUACUACUCCUCUCUGAGACGUCUUCUCACAAUCUAUCGGGACGAAUGAAGACUGAAGGAUCUAUACGGAUUUCGGCGCAUAAUGUUGGGAUGGAGUUUCGAGACUUGUUUGGCUCCAAGGAAGAUUAGAAAGCGUUCCUCUAACUUGUCGCCGGCGGUGCUGGAUGCGCUCCUCUUCUAUGUUGGAUUAUUGUCGCUUUUUCUGAACUCGCACCGAUUCUCUGUCGCUUCGCUCUGCGCCCCGUUUAAUUCACCCUCUUUGGACUAUGGCCUCGGAUCGCGGGGUCCCAGGGGCCGGCGUCUAUGGAGAUUUACCCCCGAGUUAUACGCGCUCCCAGCCGCCUACAAACCCAGACGUACUCCGGAGACCCAGCUACUGCCACGCUGCUUUUGCACUUAAACAGAUCUCAAAGGGGAAGGCGGUAGGUCAGAAAGCUCCUCUCUGGAUCCGGGCGAGGUUCCAGGCCCUCCUGUUCUCUCUGGGCUGCCACAUCCAGAGGCACUGUGGGAAGGUCCUCUUUAUUGGACUCUUAGUAUUCGGAGCUCUGUCUGUGGGGCUUCGAGUCGCAGCUAUCGAAACGGACAUCGAACAGCUAUGGGUCGAAGCUGGUAGUCGGGUCAGCACGGAGCUUCGCUACACCAAGGAGAAGCAGGGAGAGGAGUCAGUAUUUACCUCACAGAUGCUUAUCCAGACCCCCAAAGAAGAGGGCACCAAUAUUCUUACCCAGGAGGCUUUGCUGGUUCACAUGGAGGCCGCCCUCUCCGCCAGCAAGGUCCAGGUGUCACUGUUUGGAAAGUCAUGGGAUCUUAACAAAAUAUGCUAUAAAUCAGGAGUUCCUAUUAUAGAACAUGUCAUGAUUGAAAGGAUGAUUGACAAGCUAUUCCCCUGUAUGAUAAUCACCCCAUUGGACUGUUUUUGGGAAGGGGCCAAACUACAGGGAGGCUCUGCCUAUUUACCCAUGCAGCCGUAUGCUCAGGCGUUACCUAUGCAGUCCAAGGCUACGGUGCUGUGUAUCCGAGGAGAGACCGCGAGAAAGCGGCCUGAUAUUGGACGAAAGGUUGUGGAGCCUCCCGUGUGA